AUGCCAUCAUGCGGGGGCGAGUUCACUAACGAUCUGAAGUUCUCCAGAGUUACAAGGCAUAAUCGGUUCUUUUCAACUUCAAGAUCUAAUGCCCGCAUAAUCACCAGCCAGCCAUUGCGGGCGAAGGAAGCGUCACCAUUCAUCGAUCACAAAUACCCUGUCGUGGAUCACGAAUAUGACGCUCUAGUGGUUGGUGCCGGUGGAUCCGGUCUGCGAGCGGCUUUCGGCUUAGCGGAGGCUGGCUUCAAUACAGCUUGUAUAUCGAAACUAUUCCCUACGCGGAGUCAUACGGUCGCAGCACAAGGAGGCAUUAAUGCUGCUCUUGGGAAUAUGCACGAAGACGACUGGCGAUGGCACAUGUACGAUACCGUAAAAGGUUCUGAUUGGCUUGGAGAUCAGGAUGCGAUUCACUACAUGACAAGGGAAGCACCGCAAUCGGUUAUAGAAUUAGAAAAAUACGGCUGUCCGUUUUCGAGAACGGAAGACGGCAAAAUUUACCAGCGUGCCUUCGGCGGCCAGUCUCAGAAAUUUGGAAAAGGCGGACAGGCGUAUAGAUGUUGUGCUGCCGCUGACCGGACCGGCCAUGCCUUACUCCACACCCUAUACGGGCAAUCACUCAGACACAACACGAACUACUUCAUCGAAUUCUUUGCCCUUGACUUGAUCAUGGAGGAUGGAGUCUGCAAGGGAGUCAUCGCUUACAACCAAGAAGAUGGUACCUUACAUCGAUUCAGAUCGCACAACACUGUGCUAGCCACCGGGGGUUACGGACGAGCAUACUUCAGCUGCACCUCGGCCCAUACAUGCACAGGGGACGGGAUGGCAAUGGUGGCUCGCGCCGGGCUUCCGAAUCAAGAUAUGGAAUUCGUCCAAUUCCACCCAACAGGCAUCUACGGCGCUGGAUGUUUGAUCACAGAAGGCUCCAGAGGCGAGGGAGGCUAUCUGCUCAACUCAGAAGGCGAGCGAUUUAUGGAGCGAUAUGCACCAACAGCCAAAGAUCUUGCAUCCCGUGACGUCGUUUCUCGGUCCAUGACUAUGGAGAUCCGAGAGGGUCGUGGUGUAGGGCCUGAUAAGGACCACAUCUACCUACAAUUAUCUCAUUUGCCACCAGAGGUCCUUCAUGAUCGGCUACCCGGUAUAAGCGAGACUGCUAGUAUAUUCGCAGGUGUUGAUGUCCGCAAGCAACCCAUCCCUGUUCUGCCGACGGUGCACUACAAUAUGGGCGGUAUUCCAACGAAGUACACGGGUGAAGUCAUCACCGUCGAUGAGCAAGGCAAGGACAAGGUUGUCCCUGGGCUGUUUGCUUGCGGAGAAGCUGCUUGUGUAUCUGUUCACGGGGCCAAUCGUCUCGGUGCGAACUCUCUUCUUGACCUCAUUGUUUUCGGUCGAGCAGUCUCUCAUACAAUACGUGAUAACUUCUCGCCCGGUCAGCCUCAUGAGGAAAUGUCUGGCGAUGCUGGUGCAAGUAGCAUCAGCACUCUGGAUCAAGUUCGAAAUUCUUCCGGCACCAAAUCGACCCACGAUAUUCGUUCAGCAAUGCAGAAGGUUAUGCAGACUGACGUGUCGGUGUUCCGUACCCAGGAAUCACUUGAAGAAGGCUCAAAACGCAUCAAAGACGUCGACCAACAAUACGGCGACCUUGGUAUUCAGGAUCGCAGUAUGAUCUGGAACAGUGAUUUGGUGGAGGCCUUGGAACUGAGGAAUCUGCUCACCUGCGCUGUUCAGACGGCUGAUUCAGCACUUAAUCGGCAAGAGUCCCGGGGAGCACAUGCGCGAGAGGAUUUCCCCGAGCGAGAUGAUGCUCAAUGGAUGAAGCAUACCCUGAGCUACCAACAACAGCCGCAAGGAAAGACGGACUUGUCAUACAGUCUUGCCAAAGAAAUGGUGAGCGGCCGCUUUAGACACGAGCAACGUAGUGGUGGGGCUGUGACGAAAGUCGCUUUAAAAGGGCUGUUCAGUGACGAAAUUUGGAAAUGUAAUUGCAAUCUGAGACUGCCGGCGCAGCAUUUCCGAACCAAGAAUGGGGGCAAGAACCAUGGUAGAUGGUUCUAUACAUGCCAACAUCCACAGCCGACACGAUGCGACUUCUUCCUUUGGGCCGACGAGGCAAAAGCAAGAGAGGAGGCGGUUGUUCUGAACAACUCAAGGACAGAACCGAUCGAUGGCUUUGAGCCUUUUGAUGAGGCGAGAUUCAACGGCGUGCCAACUCCGCAAAGUGAGCGACGUCAGGUGGAUGCAGAUAUUGAGAACGUCCGGACUCCUUACACACCAAGCAAGCCUGGACGAAAUAUUCAGGGGAUCAACAUCAGACCUAAGCAUGAUACGCAGCAGACUGCGACCACGGCUGCCACAAGUGACGAGGAGUUCUAUGACUGGCCCGCUAGCGAUAAUGAAGAAAUGGGCAAAGCUGCAGACAAAGUCUCCAGCCAGCCGUCAUCUUCUACUAAAGCACCCAUGCUUCCGCCAGAAACUCCUCGGAAAGCUGUCAAGACAAAUAAUGUCACCUCACCUGGAAAACGCUCAUACGAAGAAAUGACCGUGAACGGUGCGGGGACGAAUCUGCCUACCCCUAUCACCUCUCAUGGCGAUGGAGACAUCUUCGUCACGCCCGCCACGGGUCCUCGAACCAAUAAUUUGUUCGGCUAUCCAAAUCUACCAUCUCCGAGCCAAACUCCGACACCAAUUCGCUACAACGAUCUACCUUUGAAUCAAGACUCCGAGCUUGCGACAGAAACCUUAAUGAGCUUACAGACUGCACUAUCGGCGCCACUUUUCUCGGAAGCGAGGGAGCAUAUCAAACAAAUCUGCAAUCGACACGUCAAAUAUACGAAGGGUAUCGAGAAGGGACGUGAUAUAUCAAGAGCUAUGGUGAAGCAGAAAGACGUUAGAAUAGGACAGCUACAAAACGAGGUAGAGGGACUGAAAACGGAAAGGGAGACGGAGAGGUCAGUUCUCAGGCACUUGAAGCAAGAGGUGGCUGUCCAACAGGGGAGGAAGCAGGGAUAG